AAGUUCCAAGCCCCCAAAAUCCCCACUCUUUCUGCAGCGUGCCCUUGCACGGAUGAGAAAGAGGACGGACCCCAAAUAAAGCAGCCGGUGUCUCCGAGCUGCAAACAAACGUCUCCCCCCACGCCCUGCGUUUCCUUAGCCGGGACCCAGCGACGUUGCCUGGCUCCUUUUAUGAACAACAAAACCGUGAUGAAGGCAACAGGAGUCAGAAGCUAUUCAGCACAGGAAGCCCCCGUAUCCGGUGAGGGAUAAGAAGCGAGCAGCACAGGAUGCGCCUUGGGUCAGGGGGCCGCAGAGAGCCCUCAGCCUUUGUGUCCUUCUCUGUGACGGAGCGUCCACAUCUGAGCCCUUGGCUCUCCUCGGAGUUCAGCCCCGGCUCCUGCCAUCACGGACCGGCUGCCAGCUUCCCGCCCAGGGAGACACGGAGGCCACAAUGACUACCUCCCCCGGAUUGCUGCUGCUGCUGCUGCUGCUGCUGUUGGUCCAGCCCCGGGAGGGGGCCACCAGCCAGGAGGCCGUGGUCUGUGCGGGGACUGCCUGCUACUCGGCCCACUGGGGCAAGCUGAGUGCAGAUGACGCCCAGCUCCACUGCGACAAGAAGGGGGGCAACCUGGCCACGCUCAAGAGCGAGGAGGAGGCCCGGCACGUCCAGGGCACCCUGGCCCAGCUACUGCAGCCUGGGGCGCCCCUGGCAGAGCGCAUGGGCCGGUUCUGGAUUGGGCUCCAGCGAGACAAGGGCAAGUGCUUGGACAGUGACCUGCCGCUGAAGGGCUUCCGCUGGGUGGAUGGCGUGGAGGACACGCCAUACACCAACUGGCACAAGGAGGCCAAGAACUCCUGCAUCUCGAAGCGCUGUGUGUCCCUGCUGCUGGACCUGUCCACGCCCGCCCUGGCCAGCCGCCUCUCCAAGUGGGCCGAGGGCCCGUGCGGGAGCCCCCGGUCUCCUGGGAACAGCGUCGAGGGCUUCGUGUGCAAGUUCAGCUUCAAAGGCAUGUGCCGGCCGCUGGCCCUGGGGGGCCCGGGCCAGGUGACCUACACCACCCCCUUCCAGGCCACCAGCUCCACCCUGCAGGCUGUGCCCUUCGGCUCCAUGGCCCACGUCGCCUGUGGGGACAAGGACGAGAGUCAGCAGCCUUACUUCCUAUGCAAGGAGAAGGCCCCCAAUGUGUUCGAGUGGAACAGCUCAGGGCCCCUCUGCAUCAGCCCCAAGCUUGGCUGCGACUUCAACAAUGGGGGCUGUGAGCAGGACUGCUUUGAAGGGGGGGACGGCUCUUUCCGCUGUGGCUGCCGGCCGGGGUACCGGCUCCUGGACGACCUGGUCUCCUGUGCCUCCCGGAACCCUUGCAGCUCCAGCCCUUGUGGAGGGGGGGCCACGUGUGUCCCUGUGCAGCUCGGGAAGGACUUCAGGUGCCACUGCCCUCCAGGCUACCAGCUGGACUUGACUGGGCGGGACUGUGUGGACGUGGACGAGUGUCAGGAUGCUCCCUGCACCCAGGAGUGUGUCAACACGCCGGGGAGUUUCCGCUGUGAGUGCUGGGUUGGCUACGAGCCCGGCGGCCCUGGAGAGGGGGCCUGCCAGGAUGUGGAUGAGUGUGCCCCCGGCCGCUCGCCCUGCGCCCAGGGCUGCACCAACACCAUCGGCUCCUUCUCCUGCUCCUGCGAGGAUGGCUACAUCCUGGCUGGGGAGGAAGGCACCCAGUGCCUGGACUUGGACGAGUGUGAGGGCCAGGGGGCCAGGCGCUGUGGCAGCUUAUGUUUAAACACGGAGGGGUCCUUCCGCUGUGGCUGCCUCCCAGGCUGGGAGCUGGCCCCCGACGGGGUCUCCUGCACUGGGGGCCCCACGUCGCCAGCACCGUCAGCCGGAACCCCCCAAGUACAGGACACAGGAGAUGGAGAAGGGGAGCCUGUGUCUUCUGCCACAGCAUCGAGUCCCACUGGGGACCCUGAGGGCACCUCUGAAACCACAUGGGUGGUGCCCACAACCGGGAGAUCGUCUCUCCCCCGACAUGUCCGCACCUCCCUUGCCCCACCCGAGAUGCUGGUCCCCAGUGGGACCCUUGGUGGCUGGUCACCAGUGGGACCCCUGGCCACGCCUGGCCAAAGAGAGUCUACCGGUGACGAUUUCACAGCCAAACACAGUGACAGUGGCACGGACGGGCAGAAGCUGCUGCUGUUCUACAUCCUGGGCACCGUGGUAGCCAUCCUGCUCUUGUUGGCUCUGGCUUUAGGGCUGCUGGUCUAUCGAAAGCGCAGAGCCAAGAGGGAGGAGAAGGAGAAGCCAAAGAAUGCGGCAGACAGCUAUGCCUGGGUUCCAGAGCGAGCGGAGAGCAGGGCAGCGGAGAACCCCUACAGUCCAACGCCGGGGACAGACUGCUGACCAGGAGGGCCUGGAACACCAGCUGCGACCACCGUCCUCAGAGCUCAGCCAUUGGAAGCAGGACCCCGCCCUCCCAGAACACUGGACUGGAAUCUUAGCACAGAAUUGUAACCCUUCUCUUUCAUGGCCUGGCAACUUGGGGUGUGCAGGUAGCCCGCAUGGUUUGGGGGGGUGGGUGUCCCAGAGUGGAGGUGGAGUAGACAUCGGUUCAAGAAUUUCAUGCAUGUUAGCAACCCCCCCCCCCGCCCCCGUUAAAAUCCGCCUGAUUCUGGAUCGGGUGUCAUAAGUCAGGUGCUAAGGGCUUCUCUGCCCACGUAAACCAGAGCCGGUGCCUGCGUGAGCUGAGACUGACCGACUAGCUCCUCCUGCUGUGACGGAGGCAGAGUCCAUGAGCUCAUUACUGAGCUGAUUACAGGAUAAGCUCCGCUUCUUCAGAGGGGACAGGUCCAGGGCUGGACGUUCCUUUCCAUUCAUGCGACUGCACCCCGAGGAGAGCUGGGUGCCACCCAGACCCUCUGGAGUAAGCAGAAAUGCACUGGGCUGUUUAGGUGGUGGGGGCAGGACCUUUAGAAAUUGCAUCUUCUAGCUUUUCGGGUUCUGAUCGUCUUCUGUUUAUCUGGCAGUGGAGUCUGAACAACAUGGGGGAAAUAGCAAGAAGUGAGUUACCCAUGGUUUUGGAAACUAGAGAGAGGGGGCAGGGUUUGUUUCAUAACUACUUGAAUCAAUUCGCCUAAAUAAAUGUGCUGAAGAGA